AUGGGCGGUUUUCUUCUAACUGCAAUUGUUGGUGCUGCUGCUCUUCUACUUUUAUCAUCAAUCUUGAUCCAUGCUAGGGAGACGGGCACCAUUAAUGGCUGUGAUUUCUUCCAAGGGAGUUGGAUUCUUGAUGAUUCAUAUCCUCUUUAUGAUACGACACAGUGUCCUUUCAUUGAGAAUGAGUUUGAUUGCCAAAAGAAUGGUCGACCGGACAAAGACUAUCUCAAAUAUAGAUGGCAGCCCGACAGCUGCAACUUAACAAGGUUUGAUGGUCAAAACUUUUUGUCAAAUUACAGAGGGAAGCUUCUAAUGUUUGUAGGAGAUUCUCUAAGUCUAAACCAAUGGCAGUCUCUCACAUGCAUGCUUCAUAUAGCAGUGCCAGAAGCUCCAUACAAAUUAGAGAGGAUUCAAGACCUCUCCAAGUUCACUUUUCCAACAUACAAUGUUUCGAUCUUGUUCUCCCGCAAAGCAUUUUUGGUUGAUAUAAGAAAUGAAGAAAACUUGCGGGUUCUGAAGCUAGACUCCAUUAGUGCUAGUAAAACAUGGGAAGGAAUUGAUACGCUCAUGUUCAACUCUUGGCAUUGGUGGCUUCAUACUGGAAGCAAACAAGGUUGGGACGUUAUUCAGUACAAGAAUGUUUUGUACAAGGAUAUGAAUCGUCUGCUUGCCUAUGAAAAAGCUCUAAAUACAUGGGCCAGAUGGGUAAAAUCUCGGGUAGAUGCAUCAAAAACCAAGAUCAUAUUUCAGGGAGUUUCUUCAGAUCAUGCAACGUGA